AUCUAUAAUAGCGGCCAUCUGCUGGAGACAAGGUCAAGAUGUCAGCUAGUUGCAUCGCACGCCAGCAUCAGCCACCGUCAAAGAUCAACACGUUAGACCACAUCCGACUGCGUAGGGAUCAAUUAGGCUCCUCUCUUUGUCAUCAUGUCGAGCAUUGCACUACGUCCACUUGAUCGCGCUUUACCGGGCUCACUACGACCACCACUUGGCAAUCUGACAAGUGCAGUCGACAACCCAGCGGAAAACGAUGAGCAGUCGAAGUCUCUAUGAUCACUGGAGCUCGAAAGACCCGUGGGUUCCCCGUGCCCCCGAUAACCAAACGGAUAGUCGAUACACGGAAUCCGAAGCUGAAUCCAGUAUCACCGCGUCUGGUACCCGUUCCGUUGCGUUCGGAGACGAUGCCACCGGUUUGCUUGUUCGCAGCACCGAAGAUUUCCGACAGACGUUGGUGUUCUCGGAUCAGGAGAUCUGCGACGAUAUUUUGGCAACGAUCCCAAAGCUGCACACGGCCGUGAUCAAUGGUGUCAAAGGGGGUCGAUGGAAGCGCCGUAAUGUCAAAGGAGGCGUGCAACUCGCAGAAAUGGAACCAACCUACUCGCCAGUGGAUCUGGACGAUGAUCUUGAUAUUCUACAUGAAACGGUAGCCAAAACAGAACUUCGGUGUCACUUGAAUGAGGCGUUGAGUGUAUUACUGCAUCAAGACUCGGACGCCUAUGACACGACGAUGAAAGCUCUGUGCGGCAAGAAGUUCAAGAAGGGAGAAGUGCUAUUUCAUCAACGCGUGGCGUUCGAUACCGAUUCGCAAGAACAAGUUCGGGCUCCGGUGGAAAAUGGAAACGACGAGACCCCCCAACAAGGUGUGAUCACUGUCACGUCGGCGACGCUGCGUCCUACUACUAGUUUGCAGCUACCAUUGCAGUCUCGUCAUAAACACACACAACAGCUUUUAUUCUCGACCUGUACGCAUCAGUAUCCAGGCAAGAACCGCGCCGUGCACGUGAUGAAGACUGUGCCCAAAUCCGUCCACGACCAGGUUCUUCCUAGCGCAGACCGCUCUUCGCUGCGCCGUCAAAUCGACCACAUUGCUAUCGGCUUCGACCUACAGUUCACGCCGCGUCCUGGAGGCAGCAGCCGCCAGACAACGAGCAUUUUUGCCCACGCGUACGCCUCCGAUCGACCGUCUUCAGCUUUCCGGGAUGAAACCGGCAAGAACCGGGCUACGUCCGUGGCCAAGAAGCGCGAGGCGGCUGCAACGAUCCACGCAUCAGACUUGAGUCGCCGUCGCACGGCACUGAUGAACCCAGAGGCGCGUCAUGUCAUGCGAAUGCUGACCGAAUCGGUGGCACAGUUUGAACGGGUGAUCCGUCGCCGGCGGUUCGGCUUUCAGUCGUUCAUCUACUUCCCCAAGGAGUACGCGGACCCGUUGCUCAAGAAGCGCUGCUCGAUCUGCAGUAAGAAUUUCCACUUCUUCCGUCGCGACUUCUACUGUCAGCUCUGUGGUCACAUGGUUUGCGGAGACUGCUCUCAGCUGUACGAGGUGGAAGCUCGUAUCGGAGAAAUCCGCAAGAACCGCUGCUGCGUCUUGUGCGUCGUACGUGUUGAUGCCUGUAAGUUCGACGAUGAAGACCUGGUACCUGCUCUAGGCCCUAUCCUCGUCGAAGCUCCUCCUGAUGCAUGGGAGAGCUCGGUCUCGACAAACACGAACGACAUCGAAGAUACGUCUUCCGAGUCCGAUAUGGACGACCUACCCGGUCAGCUUUGUUCCGAAGAUCCGGAAACACGCAGUCGGGCGCUGGAAAUGCUCGGUCGACUUGUGGGAAGCCCAGCUAGCUCCACUUCUUCUUCGGGUUCGAGCCGUAAGCUUGUGAAGCUUUCUAGUAGUGACAAUACUCGAAACCACGAGAAGAAGAGCAAGAAGACACAGUCGCAGCGUGUACUGGAACGUGUGGAGAACCACGUGAUUCAAGCGCUAGCCAGGUCCCGGCUCAAAUACACCGCUGAUGCCUGCGAUGUCAACGACCGUACAAGAGACUACAAGUACGCCUUCGACAAAUCGAAGGUCACGAAUGAAGACCAUCCGUUGCCGCCAAUGCCCGAUAUGCAGAAGGACGCCCGACGUGUGGACUUUAUCAAGAAAUCUGGCGCGUUGCGGUUAGACUACGAUCGCUCGGCGCUGAAUAUGAUCGCCCAGGUUGCGGCCGAACGCCUCGCCUGUCCGAUCGGGUUCGUCUCCAUGGUGGACGACAAGCAGUUCCAUGCUAUAGGCAACUACAACCUCCCGGAAGAAGCGCACCACCUUCCUCGCAACGAGAACAUGUGCAUGCAUGCCGUGUAUGCGGAGAAACCGUUCGUGGUUAAGAACCCGCAACGUGACAUGCGUUUUGCUCAGAUGCCGUGCGUGGAAGACUUGGGGGUGAAAUUCUACGCUGGUUUCCCACUACGAGCCCCGAAUGGAGAAGUGGUGGGGUCCCUGUGUGCAGCCGAUGGAGUCGCGCACAACAACAUCUCAACCAAGGACUACGCGACGCUGGAGACGCUGGCCAAGCUCGCCUCCGAUUUGCUGGCUCCCCCACUGAGCAGCAAACAUCAGCUCAUGGCAAAUUGAAGAGUUCAAUAAUCGAAGUGUAUAUACGUACAAGGAUAUCUGUUUGUACACGUAGAUUCGAUUUUUUUUAAGGAUUCAACCGAACGCAAAUCUGAGUAGCCUUUCCGUGUUUGUCGAUAACAACGAUGUGGUCGUUAUCAUUCCAAGCGAAAGCCGCGUUCCAUACGUGUAAAUGCUCAUCAAUCACGUCGCUAUAACGCCUAGACAGUUCAUAAUAACAGUGGAAUAUAAGUUCGUUCAUGAACAAGACCCG